GUGCUCCCUUUUCCCUCAGACUCUUGGCAGCUAGGCGUCUUGGGUCUCACGCCCCGCAGAACUGCACGCGUGUCUCUAGCACCGCUUCGCCGCCUCCGCGCGCUCCCCCAGUGCGGCCACCGCGUCCCCCACCACCGCUCGCCUCUUCUCAGCUGGUCUCGGGGUCGCGCCCCUAGCUCCGCCCCCUCCGCGGACCCGCGCAUUCCUGGCGCGGCCUCUCCCCCACGCAGGCCACUGGUGCUCUGCCGCCUCCCCCCUUUCCCCGCUCUCCUAGCGCUCUCCGGGCGCCUCGCUCUCGCGCUCUCCGAGGCGAGCGCGCUCCCGGCCCGCGCGCUCCGGGCUCUGGCUUCUCCCGGCUCCUGUCAGUGCGGUGACUGCGCUGGGAAACAUGGCGACCGAGGGAAUGAUCCUCACUAACCACGAUCAUCAAAUCCGUGUCGGAGUCCUCACAGUGAGUGAUAGUUGCUUCAGGAAUCUUGCAGAAGACCGCAGUGGGAUAAAUCUCAAAGAUCUUGUACAAGAUCCUUCUUUGUUGGGUGGGACUAUAUCAGCAUACAAGAUAGUACCAGAUGAAAUAGAAGAAAUCAAGGAAACUCUGAUAGAUUGGUGUGAUGAAAAGGAACUUAAUUUGAUAUUAACAACUGGAGGAACAGGGUUUGCACCACGAGAUGUCACUCCAGAGAAAUUCCCAACAUUCCCAUUUUGUGGGCUCCAGAAAGGGGCCACAAAAGAAGUAAUAGAACGGGAAGCGCCAGGGAUGGCCCUGGCAAUGCUGAUGGGAUCACUUAAUGUUACACCUCUGGGCAUGCUCUCUAGGCCUGUAUGUGGAAUCAGAGGGAAAACUCUCAUAAUUAACCUACCAGGUAGCAAGAAAGGAUCUCAGGAAUGCUUUCAGUUCAUACUGCCAGCUCUACCUCAUGCCAUUGACCUUUUACGUGAUGCCAUUGUAAAAGUAAAGGAGGUGCACGAUGAACUUGAAGAUUUGCCUUCUCCACCACCUCCUCUUUCCCCUCCUCCUACAACCAGCCCCCAUAAACAGACAGAAGACAAAGGGGUACAAUGUGAAGAAGAGGAAGAAGAGAAGAAAGACAGUGGUGUUGCUUCGACAGAAGAUAGUUCUUCAUCACAUAUAACUGCAGCAGCCAUUGCUGCCAAGAAGCAUCCAUUCUACACCAGUCCUGCUGUUAUCAUGGCACAUGGUGAGCAGCCCAUCCCUGGUCUCAUCAAUUAUCCCCAUCAUGCAACAGGCAGUACAGAUGAACGGAUUCCAGACUCCAUCAUUUCUCGUGGUGUUCAGGUGCUCCCACGAGACACAGCGUCCCUCAGCACUACUCCUUCAGAAUCGCCUCGUGCUCAAGCUACGUCUCGCCUCUCUACAGCUUCCUGCCCAACACCAAAACAAAUUAGACGGCCGGAUGAAAGCAAAGGAGUUGCUAGUAGAGUUGGAUCCCUCAAACUCCAUCGAAAGCUGGAGGAGCUCAGAGAUCACCUAGAAGGCAAUGUGAAAGGAUACUCUCUCAGAGUAAAUGCUCGACUUCCCUCGUGCUCAUCUACCUAUAGUGUAUCCGAGGUCCAGUCCAGGUGCAGCAGCAAAGAGAACAUUCUCAGAGCCAUACUGGGGAUUGAACCCAGGGCCUUGCACAUUCUAGGUCACAGUGCAGUUGAUAUUACCAAGGUGGCUAGAAGACACCGCAUGUCUCCUUUUCCUCUGACAUCUAUGGACAAAGCCUUUAUCACGGUCCUGGAGAUGACUCCGGUGCUUGGAACAGAAAUCAUCAAUUAUCGAGAUGGAAUGGGACGAGUCCUUGCUCAAGAUGUAUAUGCAAAAGACAACCUACCCCCCUUCCCAGCAUCAGUAAAAGAUGGCUAUGCUGUCCGAGCUGCUGAUGGCCCAGGAGAUCGGUUCAUUAUUGGGGAAUCCCAAGCUGGUGAACAGCCAACUCAGACAGUAAUGCCAGGACAAGUUAUGCGAGUUACAACAGGUGCUCCAAUCCCCUGCGGUGCUGAUGCAGUAGUGCAAGUUGAAGAUACUGAACUUAUCAGGGAAUCAGAUGAUGGCACUGAAGAACUUGAAGUGCGAAUUCUGGUGCAGGCUCGACCAGGCCAAGAUAUCAGACCCAUCGGCCAUGACAUUAAAAGAGGGGAAUGCGUUUUGGCCAAAGGAACCCACAUGGGCCCUUCAGAGAUUGGUCUUCUGGCAACUGUAGGUGUCACGGAGGUUGAAGUUAAUAAAUUUCCAGUGGUUGCAGUCAUGUCAACAGGGAACGAGCUGCUAAAUCCUGAAGAUGACCUCUUACCAGGAAAGAUUCGAGACAGCAAUCGUUCAACCCUCCUAGCAACAAUUCAGGAACAUGGUUACCCCACAAUCAACUUGGGAAUUGUGGGAGACAACCCAGAUGACUUACUCAAUGCCUUGAAUGAGGGUAUCAGUCGUGCUGAUGUCAUCAUCACAUCAGGGGGUGUAUCCAUGGGGGAAAAGGACUAUCUCAAGCAGGUGCUGGACAUUGAUCUUCAUGCUCAGAUCCAUUUUGGCAGGGUUUUUAUGAAACCAGGCCUGCCAACUACAUUUGCAACUUUGGAUAUUGAUGGAGUAAGAAAAAUUAUUUUUGCACUACCAGGGAAUCCUGUAUCAGCCGUGGUCACCUGUAAUCUCUUUGUUGUGCCUGCACUGAGAAAGAUGCAAGGCAUCUUGGAUCCUCGGCCAACCAUCAUCAAAGCCAGGUUAUCAUGUGAUGUAAAACUGGAUCCUCGCCCAGAAUAUCAUCGUUGUAUAUUGACUUGGCAUCACCAAGAACCACUGCCUUGGGCACAGAGUACAGGUAAUCAGAUGAGCAGCCGUCUGAUGAGCAUGCGCAGUGCCAAUGGAUUGUUGAUGCUACCUCCAAAGACAGAGCAGUACGUGGAGCUCCACAAGGGCGAGGUGGUGGAUGUCAUGGUCAUUGGACGGCUAUGAUGGUCACCAUCAGGAGAAAGCUUUGAUGCAUGUCCACAUAUCAUUGACUGUAUCCUGUAAUAUGCAAUGGCACAGCUAGUUUUUCUGAUUUGGAUAAAAGUUGAUCUGUAUAGUCAACAUCUUGAACUAUAUUUCAAAUGAAUUUAAAUACCUUUUAAAGAAAAAAAACACCUAAGAAUAAAUCUUAACAGACAAUUCUAUUCUGAUAAUAUCAAAGCAAAUUUUUCCUUUCUUGCAAAUCGCUUUGUGUGUUCAAUGCUAGGUCUGAUAGCGAUAGCUUUUAGUAGACAGCAGUAGGUGCCUGCAGAACUUGUGUUUUUCUCAUCUUUAAAAUACAACUACUUAUGCUCUUAAAUCAAGGCUGUCUGCUUAUUUAUACUAGCGUAGACAACACUUGGAUUUCCCUUCUUAGUAUGCUUCAUAACUGCUUUACAGAGAGCUUUUGCUUGUUCUUUAUCAUGUAUCUCGUGUUUAUGUGCACUGUGCCAAAAGAAGAGUGACUGGGUGGAGGCCUUGCCCUGCCUCAAGAACCAUCCUCUGCAGAGCAUCGGGGAAGAUUCUUACCCUAGUAGCCUCCUGGCACAGUACUCUUGGGCAGUAACUGGAUACCUUUUAUUUGAACAAACAAACUGGGGGAAAAAUGCUUCCUUAAGUGCUGACAGCCUUUUUAACCAAUACAUUUAAAAUUGUACAGAACAAAAAAAAAAAAUCAAAGACUGAUCUUGUACAGAUAUUAGUGUUACCAGCAUUCACGUGGAAAUCAAGAGCAAAGACAAAAUAAUGUUAAACAA